AUGGCCGACACCAAUGCUAAGGAGCGGGAGAGGGGGGAGCGUGGGAGGGCCGGGGAGUUGGGGCACCAUCCUCUCCGGGAUGAUUCAAAAGGCAGGUCAUGGGCGGCGGUUGCUAAGGGAACGGCCAACCAGGGUCGGUGGAUACGCCACUGGAUCUCGGAGCGGGAGCUAGGAGCCCUCAAGAGCUGCUUCACGGAGGUCUUGGAGGUCCCUGAGGAGAGAUUGGAGAUGACCAGGAAGGAGUGGCGGAGCACGUCUGUGUUUAUGCAGAGUGUAGGGCGAAAGGUGCCGGCGGAGUGGGUAGGGCGGGAACUGAGACGGAUGGGGAACUUGGACUAUAAUGUCGAGGUUGUCACCAUGGCGGACGAUGUUCUGGCGGUCUGCUUCGCCUGCGAGAGGGAUCGGGAGGCAAUGCUGGUGAGGGGGCCGUGUUUAGUGGCCGGCCAACUCUUCACCAUGGAACGGUGGAAACCAAACUUCAUUACUGGCUCUGGUGGUGCUGGAAGGGUGGUGGCUUGGCUCCGCCUCCCGCGGCUGCCGCUGGAUUUCUGGGCAAAGGAGACAUUGCUCCAGAUCGCAUCGACGGCCGGGAAACCAUUGGCAUUGGACGCGGCUACGGACCAAGGAAAAAAGAGGGGGUUUGCACGGGUGAAGGUGGAGCUCGACAUAAGAGCUCCCCUAAAGCCAGGGAUCUUCUUGAAGGGAGCUAAGGAGGGUUUGGAGAGGAAGAUUUGGCAGGAUUUUGUAUACGAAAAUCUACCUGAAUAUUGUUAUAGAUGCGGCCGUAUUGGUCAUGGGGCGGCAGCCUGA